AUGAGGCCUGCCUUAUUCGACCAGACCGUCACAGAAAUCUCAGAAGAAGACGACGAAUCUGAAGCGUGGACUCCUCUCCAACUAGCAGCAUCGGCAGGAGAUCUCUCUAGAGUCUUGUUGCUGUUGAAGCAGGGUGCUUCUCCAAACGAGCUUCCGCGGGGGUUUUACGGCAAGACGGCCCUACAAGCGGCCUCUGUAGCAGGCAACUUGGAAGUUGUAAAAGCUCUGCUUACUGCAGGCUCGGAGGUAGAUGCCGCUGGCGGGAACAAUGGAGGCCGCACGGCACUCUGCGUCGCUGCUAUGGCCGGACAUGAUGAGGUCGUGGACUGUCUUCUCAGCGCAGGUGCUGAUAUCAACACUCCGCCACAUCGAUACAUGGGCCGAACUCCCUUACAGUCCGCGUGUGAGGGCGGUAACUUGCAGCUCGUCGAAAAGCUGAUCCAGCGAGGGGCGGUGAUAAAUGGGCGGAUCGCGCAUUCCUACGGAAGAACGUCAUUACAAGGUGCUGCAGAAGCCGGCCAUGAGAAAGUUGUAGAGUACCUCAUUCAUGCUGGAGCGGAGAUCAACACUCCCGCGUCGAAAUAUCGAGGCUUUACAGCAUUGCAAGCAGCAGCCUCUGUUGGAAAUGUGGCGAUAAUCGGACAGCUGCUGGACGCAGGCGCAAAUGUGAACGCCCCGAGCGGCUAUUUCAAAAGCAACACGGCUUUGGCCGCCGCAGCUGAGAAUGGCCACUCUGAAGUGGUCGGAUUGCUUCUGAAUGCGGGAGCCAAUCCUUCUAUGCCUUCUGGCAACAAGGGCCAGCAAUGUGUGUCCCUUGCAAUUGCAAAAGGACAUGUAGAAAUCGCAGAGAUGAUUUUGCGAUCUACUAGUAGCUCGCGCCUUCAUCAAGUUGCCGACUAG